UCAACCUUUAAACCUCGAGGACACUCUACGUCUCUCUCCUAGACCUUACCCUUCAACGCUGUAAUACUACCAAACCUCUCAACCCGCCGGCGAUGGCGCUCGAUCCCGUAGAAAAGCGUGUCCGGAUCUCCCCGGACGCCUCCACACGACCAGCUACACCGAAGAUGCAAAAGUCCACCUCUCUCAUCGGUCAAAAGCGGGGUCGAGACCAAGUAGACGAUUCUCCUGCUAGCAAGAUCGUACCCCCUCGACGUACCAAGAGCGUGGGGGAUGUGAAUCGGUUGUCGGAUACCGAACGGAGGGGGUUGGUCGAUGAUGGGUAUAAACGGGGGAUGAUCAAGGAGUUUGUCAAGGAUGCCUUGUGUGGGGUCUCUCAGGGCAACGAAACCCCCUACCUCGAAUUUCUGUCCCACUUCCUCCCCUCCCCAACCACCCCCAUCCCCGCCUUAACCUCCCUCGUACCUCUCUUACAAGCCCUUACAUCCAACCUGACUCUCCUCUCGGCUUCCCAUUCCGCUCUCGUCAAGGCUAUUAUCGACCUCCCCUGGGCUUCCGCUGGGGACGAUACGUUUGUGAGGGUGUACACGGGGUUCUUAGGGGUGCUUUGUAGUGCGAAGGCGGAGUGGGUGGGGGAUGUUGUGGGGAUGGCUGUGAGGGGGUUAUCGUGGCAAACCUCCCUUAAAACCCUCCCCAACUCUCCCCCACUCCCCCGCCGGAGUUACCACCACCGCCACCUCUCCCUCAUCUCGCACCUCCUCUCCCUAAUCCCCACUCUUCCCUCCAUCCUCGGUCCUUGUCUAAUAAAAAAUUUCCCCUACAAGAGGGAGAACGAGUUGGUUAUGGAGACGUAUGUGAGGAAUAUAUUGGGGUUGGUAGAAGGGUGUCCGGAGGUUGCGGGCAGGGUUUGGGAGGGGAUUAUGGAUCGGUUGAUCAGGUUGGAUGUCGAGAUCCAGAUCGAACUGGAAGAUCUCGACGAGGACGACGUCUCCGCCGCCAGAGAGAUCCCUACGUCCAUAUCCGUAUCCACUCCGACCGGACUGACAGGGAUCACGGACCCUCUCGACCGUCUAGUCUCCGAAGCCUACAAUCGGCCAGACGAUACCGACGACUCGGAUGACGAUUCCGACGAAGAAGGUGUGGAUUUGGAAGACUUGUCUUCCGAUGAAGAGUCCCUCGAUGGGGAUUCGAAUAACGGGGCUGGGGAGCCGACGGAGCUGGAUGAGAAGCGGUAUCGACGGUUACACGUCCUGAGGAGCAAGGUGGACGCGUUGUCGACUCUGUUUUUGAAACACCUCGAGAGGAUCUUUGCCGGCAAGACGAAGGGUAGCCAAAACUUGUCGUCCUUGAGCUCGGUCGCACCUCCCUCGUUGCCCUUCCAUCGGAGCUAUACCAACCCGGACAACCGAUUGGCUCACUUUCAAACGCUACUCUCCAUCUUUGAUCGGCUCGUCUUGCCUACCUUUCAAUGCCGACGCGCCCAGUUCAUCGUCUUCUGGUGUUGUUCCCUCGAUUCGGGCUAUACGGACCUCUUCCUCGGCCUGCUCGUCUCCCGUGCGCUGUACGAGACCACUCAACCCGCCGUCAACCGGGUCGCAGCAGCGAGCUACAUUGCCAGUUUUGUCAGUCGAGCCAAAUACAUUGACGACGAUCAAGUCCGUACGGUCGUCCAAUACCUGACCGCCUACAUCGAUGGGAUCCUCGCCGAAGCCCGGUCGGACCCGAUGGCCGUGGCAGCUUCGGGUGGGCUUAUGGUGUUUUAUACCGUCUGUCAGGCGGUGAUGAUGAUAUUCUGUUUCCGCUGGAGAGCUCUCCAGUCGGCAGCUGCGGGGGAAGAGACGAUGGCGGAUGAGAUGGAGAUGGACGACGUCGAGGGUUCGGAAUCGGCGGAACAGAGCGGAUGGAUGGCCGACAUGGACGUGCUUCAAAAGGCCGUCUUUUCGCAGCUCAACCCGUUGAUGGCCUGUUACCCUAUCGUCGUCGACAUGUUUGCCAAGAUCGCCCAUACGACCAAGUUCAUGUUCUGCUACUCGGUCAUCACCGCCAACCGUAGCGCGCUCGAAUCCACACACGUCGCUCAUUCGAUCUCGCUGGAAAACCUCGGUAGCUCGGACGUCACCCAGGUCCUGCCGCUCAUCGGUCGGCAGAGCUUGUCAGAGACCAGCCUGGACUCGUUCUUCCCCUUUGAUCCGUACGACCUGCCUCGAGCUCGGACGUUUGUCGAGACGUUUUACCGAAACUGGGACGAGGUCGCCGUCCAGACCGAGGACGAGGAUGACGAUGACGAAUUUGGGACCUCGACCGAGACCGAGACGGAAGACGACGAGGGAGGAGACUUUCCCCGCAGUCAGAGCUUUAGCCAUUCCAGCAACUAUAUUGGCAUCGUCGGACGAGCCAUGCGGACCGGAGGAAACGAUGCGCAUGCCAACGAGCUCAGUACCAGUCUGGAAGGCAUCUCGCUUUCGCAGCGGCAACUCCCGCUCGGCCUCGUGGCUUGAGCGUCCUCAUCAAAAUCUCCUGCAACGACCUCUUACGACCACGAACUGCGCCUUCCUCUUUUGCUGUAUCAUAAACUCGUUUGUAGAUGCGACGACCUUUUGUAUGUCUGCUGUACAUAUGCCGUUGUCGAAAUAUGAUGGGAUACCUUGCAUUG